AUGCCGGGCAAGAUUGACGCCUACGUGGAUUGCGUAUCGCCAUAUUCAUACUAUGCGACGCUAUACCUCAGGAAGAAUCGCAAGGCUUUAGAGUCGUACGGUAUCGAGGUUGAAUUCCAUCCGGUUUUCCUAGGCGGGAUCAAUGUUGGUUCAGGAAACAAACCCCCUUGGACCCUCCCCGCCAAAGCAGCAUACUCCAAAUUCGACGGGGAGCGAGCAUGUAAAUACUUCGGGGUUCCACAGAUCAAACCACCAGCGUUCUUCCCAAUCCUCUCAAUCCUGCCCCAACGCUGCAUGAUCUAUAUCAAACGUAACUUCCCGCGUGAGAAAUACGAAAAAACAUUCCUUACCCUCUGGGAAUGGAUAUUCUACAAGGGAAUCGACAUCAGCAAGCCAGAGAAUCUGGCAGAAGUCUUCCGAAGCAAUGGGUACUCCGAUUCCGAGACUGCGCUUGAUAAAGGUGCUUAUGGGGCGCCUUGGUUUUGGGUGAGGAAUUCUGAGGGGAAGGAGGAGCCUUUCUUUGGGAGUGAUCGGUUUGCGUUUAUGUGGAUGUAUCUGGGGUUGCCGUUCCAGGAUGUUGCUAUUGAGGAGAAGGGCAAGGAGAAGGAGAAGUCGAGACUUUAG